AUGACGCUCUCAGGGAACGACGUUGCCAAACACAACGACGCAAAGUCGUGCUGGGUGAUUGUGCAUGUAAUACAGACGCCUUUCGGCAAAGCGUACGAUGUGACGGACUUCCUGCCAGAGCACCCUGGCGGCUCCAAGAUCAUCCUCAAAUAUGCUGGCAAGGAUGCCACCGAGGAGUAUGACCCAAUCCACCCCCCGGAUACGCUGGACAAGUAUCUCGACAAGUCCAAGCACCUCGGCCCCGUCAACAUGGACACAGUCGCCAAGGAGGUCAUGCAGGAAGACCCCGACGAGGUGGAGAGACAGCAGCGCGUUGCGCAGAAGCCGCUCCUCGAGCAGUGCUACAACCUGCACGACUUUGAGGCCGUCGCGAGGCGGGUCAUGAAGAGGACGGCGUGGGGCUACUACUCGAGUGCGGCCGACGAUGAAAUUACGAUGCGCGAGAACCACUCUGCGUUUCACCGCAUUUGGUUCCGUCCCCGGGUCCUCGUGGACGUGGAAAAGGUAGAUUUCAGCACCAAGAUGCUCGGCACGCCAUGCAGUAUCCCCAUCUACAUCACCGCCACGGCCCUCGGCAAGCUGGGCAAUCCCGAGGGCGAGGUCGUCCUCACCCGCGCGGCGCACAAGCACGAGGUCAUCCAGAUGAUCCCGACCCUCGCGUCCUGCUCGUUUGACGAGAUUGUCGACGCGCGGCAGGGCGACCAGGUGCAGUGGCUGCAACUCUACGUCAACAAGGACCGCGAGAUCACCAAGAAGAUCAUACAGCACGCCGAGAAGAGGGGGUGCAAGGGCCUCUUCAUCACCGUCGACGCGCCGCAGCUCGGACGUAGGGAGAAGGACAUGCGCUCUAAGUUUACCGAUCCUGGCAGCAACGUGCAGAGUGGCUCGACGACGGACACGUCGCAGGGCGCGGCGCGUGCCAUCUCCUCCUUCAUCGACCCGAGUCUCAGCUGGAAGGACAUUCCCUGGUUUCAGAGUGUCACCAAGAUGCCCAUCAUCCUCAAGGGCGUGCAGCGCGUGGAGGACGUGCUCAAGGCUGUGGAGGCCGGCGUGCAGGGUGUGGUGCUGUCGAACCACGGCGGUCGGCAGCUCGACUUUGCCAGGUCGGCUGUCGAGAUUCUCGCCGAGACAAUGCCCGUCCUGCGCGAGAGGGGCCUCGAGAACAAGAUUGAGAUCUUUGUCGACGGCGGCAUCAGGCGCGCCACGGACAUUAUCAAGUGCCUGUGCCUCGGCGCUACCGGUGUGGGCAUUGGCCGGCCCUUCCUGUACGCCAUGAGCGCGUACGGACAGCCUGGCGUCGACAGGGCGAUUCAGCUGCUCAAGGACGAGAUGGAGAUGAACAUGCGUCUGAUCGGCUGCACAAAGGUGUCCGAGUUGCAUCCCGAGCUGCUCGAUACCAGGGCGUUGAGUGUUCACGCAACGACACCUGUUGAUCAUCUGUCAGGGGCGGUAUACGAUCCCCUGGCGGUGCCGGCCCAGCGGCCAAAGGGCCCGCCUGUCAAGGCCAGGCUGUAA